UGGAAGAAACAGUCAGGCGGCGAGCACGCACGCGUCCAGACCCGACAGCCAAUGGCGUUGUAUGGGCGCUGGAGCGCGCCUAAGGUUUCGCCAAUCCGGGAAGGGGUACGGCAAGAGGAGGGAGCGCGUGUGCGCGCACCGGAGUAAGGAGGUGCGGAGAGGCCGAGAGAGGGAAAGGGAGAUAUGCUGCGGUUUCAGUCUCUUGAGGAUGGUGAUCGCUUCCCAGACCUCGAGGAAGAUGAGGAUAUCGACCAGUUCAAUGAUGAUACAUUUGGAGCAGGAGCGAUUGAUGAUGAUUGGCGAGAGGUGCAUGAUCGGCUGGCAGAGAUGGAGGAGAAACACACAGACUCUGACCUUUUGGGCAGAAGCUCCCCCCCCUUUACUGAUCUACUGGGGGAGCAGCAGGAGGAACUGGAGCACAGCCUGAGUCAGCUGGUGAGAGAGAUUGAAGAGCCAGCUUUGCCAAGAGGGUCACGUACCCAGUUUUCUUCUGGUAUAAACUCCAGUAUAUGGGAUCCUGAUUUGAGGCCAAUCAGAGGGCCUUCGCUCACAGAGGAUAUGGGUCCGCUGUCAAUACUGCAUGAGUAUGGCCUAGGACCCAUGCCUCCACCUUGCCGAGAUGACUUGGAACAAGACGCAUCAGAAAGAGCUUUGCCCCGUCGUUCCACUUCUCCGGUUAUUGGAAGCCCCCCUGUGCGAGCUGUUCCCAUUGGCACUCCACCAAAACAUGUUGGCCCUAUGUUCACUCAGCAGCAGGUUUUGUGCCCAAAUGCUAUCCAUAUCCGAGCUGCCGCAUCCCCAUUCAACAGCCAUCCGAAUAACCCAGCAGCGCUUUUGAGACACCAGUUCCCUUCCGCCCUCUCCCCACUUCAGCGUGCACAGCUCCUGGGAGGAGCACAGGCAGCCGCAGGCCGGAUGUCACCUAGCCAGUUUGCCCGUACUACUGGCCUCCACGGACCUAUAGCUGGUGUAACUCCUAAGCUUCUACAGGGUCAUGUGGGGCCUUUGGUCACCCCAGGAGCUGGAGGGUUUCGGCCUUUCUUUGGUGUUCCCCCCACAGCUGCACCCCCCACAGCUGCACCGGGAGCUCAUCUCAAAAACUUGAGGUCUUCACAGCAACAACCACAAAGGCAGCCCCUUCCGUUCCUCCCAGACACGACUCACCUUCAUCCGCAACACAGGCGCCUACUUUAUCAGCGCCAGCAGAACCGCAAUCAGCAUCGCGGAUUGAAUGGCACUGGAGGGGACCAUUCUUCUCGCCCCCAACAUACAGAACCUCAUCGGCGAGACCCCUAUGCUGGUUUGAUGCUUCAGCGAGAAAAGGAGUGGGUGUGUCGUAUCCAGCUUCUCCAACUGCAGAGUACAGACCCCUACCAUGAUGACUUCUACUACCAGAAAUACUUUGAGAAGUUGGAUAAGCUCUCUGCUAGCCAAGACAGUCUGAGUGAGGGUCCCAAAAAAGAGAGGACGAAGCUGAUCACGCCGCAAGUGGCCAAACUGGAGCACACCUACAAACCAGUACAGUUUGAAGGAUCUCUUGGAAAGCUGACCGUCUCUAGCGUGAACAACCCUCGGAAGAUGAUUGAUGCCGUGGCUACACAUCGUUCUGAUGAAGAGGAAACCCGGGAGAAACAAGUGAGAGACAAGAGACGGCAGACCCUAGUGCUAAUUGAGAAGGCUUUCUCUGUCUUGUUGGCGUUGGAAGACUUUGAGCGGCGGUUUUCACUGUGCUGUGAAGAUGAGGAGAGGGAGGCCCUGACCGAGGAACGCAGGCACAAGCUGCAGCAGCUCUGUGACAUCUUGAGGGGAAAGGAAGGAAUUGAGCGAGCAGCCGAGGAGCAGUUUGUCCAGAUCAUGUGCAUUAGGAAGGGGAAGCGCCUGGUGGCUCGGAUUAUCCGCUUUUUGCCACUUCAGCUAAGUGAAGCUUUAAUGUCCACCACUGUGCAGAGUUUGCCUUUCCUUAUCAAGAAGGAUUAUCAAGACCAGAUUCUUCCCUACCUGGUCAACCCGUGUGCCCAUGUGAUUAGCCAAUUGUCUGCUGCUGCUCUCACCUCCCUGUUACAGAGUGUCUGUGGUUCUGGAAUCUCUGCUCCCCAGCAACAGUUGUCAUCUGUCUUACAGAACAAGUUUGGACUGACGUUAGUGUGCCAGAUUCUGGGAAGAGCUGAAGAGCUGAUGAGUUCUGAAAAUUCCACGACACUGAGUCAGUCACUCUGGACGCCUUUGAUUGCACAAGUCGCUCACUUCCUGCUGCAGAUCCAAGACACCUCUCUGGCACAGCCUCUCUGCUCUCCAGUAACUGCUCUGCUUCACUUCUCACGGUACCUUGAUAAUCAGACUUUCGAGCAGCUUCAGUCCAAGCUUAGGUCUGCUCCCAGUCCCUGAUACACGGAAGCACUGGACUUGGCCGUUCCUUCCCCUGCUUCAAAGAUUUUAUGUGGAAUUUUAUGAAGUAUCUCUGCAGAGUUGGAAGCACCAAAGUCUUAAUGGGGAGUGCAAACCCCAAGAGGGGACUCUGCAUUGCCACCUACAGGGCAUCAGCUGCUGAAAGAACUGCUCUGUGUAAAUCAGAACACCCGUGUCAUUUUCUUGUGUAGAAAUUUUAAAACAAUUACUCUGUGGGAUUUCUCACUGCAUACAUCAACCAACGAGGAUCACAGAUGGAUUGUGUUUAUUUUUUUCUCUUUUUAUAUAUAGCUCCGUGUAAAUAAAUAUAAAGUAUUAUUAAAUCGGACUCCUAAA